GAAAACCUAAGGCAGCUUCUGAAGAAAGCUCGAGAGCAGGCAGCAGCAGAGCAGCUAUCAUCUUCCUCUUCCCGCGAUCGUGAUGAACAGAAACUCUUGGAACUCCAGGAACAGGCCACACAACUACAGCCACUGAAAGAGAAGUGUGCACAUCUCCAGAGCCAGAUUACAUCGCUCAAUGAGAAGCUUAGAGAAUCUCGAACCAGAGAAAAUGACACUGAUCUGGCAAAAGACCAAGCGGAAGAGAUGGUGUCUCAGCUCCAGGAGAAAGUACGUCAGCUCCAUCCUCUGAGACAGCAGUGCGCCCAGCUCCAGGCUCAGGUCAUUACCCUAACAGAGCAACGUGGAGACAUGCAGACAAGUGUUGGUGACCAAAAUAUGGCGAAGGACCCCACAGAAGAAGUGAAGAAGAUCAUGAAUGGAGUCUUUCAGUCUCUCAGAAAGGAGUUUGAUCUGGAGGAGACGUACAGUGGGCGAGUUGUGUUGGGCACCAUUAUGAAUACUAUAAAGGUAACAACACUACAGCUGUUAACUAAGCCACAGGAUGAGGAGACAGGGACAGCAAGCAGCAGUGAAGAAGAAGAGGAGGAAGAAGAUGAAAGUGCAGAAACUGAAGUGGUUCAGCCUGCACCACAGAGAGAACAAACAUUAAAUCUGGGCGAGGUGCAUGUAGAAGUCAAGGAAAACAGAACGUCCACUUUUGAGCAAGUUCCUGGUGUUAUAGAGGAGAAUCAUGAAGAGGUCAAAGAGCAUACUGAUUCAGUAGGCCAUCAGGAAUCAGGUUCUACCUCUACAGAUCUACAGGAAGAAGGUGAAGCCUUACCCAUCAGGGUCAUCCAGGAAGAUCUAGACACUCCAUCAGCUCUUGUUCACAUGAUUUCCAGUGAUACACCUGAAUCCAGCACGGCGGAAGAUCAAGUAACGUCGGGCGAAAAAGAUGUUCUUCAAGAGCAUUCUGCCCCAAGCUCCAGUGCUGAAUCGCACACAUUUUCCAGUGAGAAUAUUCUUGAGAAUGAGGAGUCGCAGCAAUCAAAUGACUUCACAGCUACAGAGGAGGAGCAAGAGGUUCCACCACCUUUAAGAAAUGAUGAUUACAGUAGCAGCCCAGUCCCGCCUAAAGAGGAGACCUCUGCUCUUGGAUCAACUGGAAUCCAUGUAACUCACAGUCAUGCCAAGCCAGAGGAAAGGAAAGACUUCAGUCUGGAAGCCUCUGAUGAUGAAGAUUUGUUUAAAGCAUCUUCUCCAAAACAGAAGACAAAGCAAGAAGAGGAUGAAGAGGAGGAAGUGAGUAUGAAGGGUCGUCCACCUCCAGCCCCUCUCUUUUGCGAUGAUGAUGACGAUGAAGAAAAUGAUUUGGAUUGGUUAGGAUAA